AUGGCCAUGAACGUGAUUGCGCUACUUGGCCUCUUGGCACUUGCAUCGGUGGUGAGGACGGCUUCCGGGGCCGGCGGCCAUGACUACGCCGCGGCAUUGAAGAAGACCAUCCUCUACUUCGAGGCGCAGCGGUCCGGCGUGCUCCCGCCCAACCAGAGGGUCACCUGGAGAGGGAACUCGGGUCUCUUCGACGGAAAGGCCAACGGAGUGGACCUCGUCGGAGGGUAUUAUGACGCAGGGGACAACGUGAAGUUCGGCCUGCCGAUGGCGUUCACGGUGACCAUGAUGUCGUGGGGCAUCCUGGAGUACGGCAGGCAGAUGGCGGCGGGCGGGGAGCUGCGCAACGCCAUGGACGCCGUCAAGUGGGGCACCGACUACUUCAUCAAGGCCCACCCGGAGCCCGAGGUGCUGUACGGCGAGGUGGGCGACGGCGACACGGACCACAGCUGCUGGCAGCGGCCUGAGGACAUGUCGACCAGCCGCCAGGCGUUCCGCAUUGACCCCCAGAACCCCGGGUCCGACCUCGCCGGAGAGACCGCCGCGGCCAUGGCCGCCGCCUCCCUCGUGUUCCGCAACACCUACCCGGGCUACGCCAACCUGCUCCUUGAACAUGCCAAACAGCUGUUCCAGUUCGCCGACAAGUACCGCGGCAAGUACGACGCCAGCAUCACCGUCGCUCGCAACUACUACGGAUCCUUCAGCGGAUACGGGGACGAGCUUCUGUGGGCGGCGGCGUGGCUGUACGAGGCGACCGAGGAAGGGUGCUACCUCGAGUACCUGGCCCGCAACGGCGACGCUCUGGGCGGCACGGGCUGGUCCAUCAACCAGUUCGGCUGGGACGUCAAGUACCCCGGCGUGCAGGUGCUGGCAGCCAAGUUCCUCCUGCAGGGCCGUGCCGGCGCGCACGCCGCGGCGCUGCAGCGGUACCGGCAGAACGCCGAGUUCUUCGUGUGCUCCUGCGUCGGCAAGAGCGCCGUGAACGUGCCGCGGACCCCGGGCGGCGUCAUGUACCACCAGCGCUGGAACAACCUCCAGUUCGUCACCAGCGCGUCGUUCCUGCUGACGGUGUACGCGGACUACGCCACGGCGCUGCCCGGCUCCGGCGGCGCCGUGCGGUGCCCCGCGGGCGCCGCGCGGCCCUUCGAGAUCCUCGCCUUCGUCAGGUCCCAGGUGAACUACAUCCUGGGCGACAACCCGCGGGGCACCAGCUACAUGGUCGGGUACGGCGGCAGCUUCCCGCGGCAGGUGCACCACCGCGGCGCCUCCAUCGUGUCCGUCAGGACGGACCCGUCCUUCGUCAGCUGCCAGGAGGGGUACUCCGCCUGGUACCCGCGGCAGGCCGGCAACCCCAACGUCCUGGAGGGCGCCAUCGUCGGCGGGCCCGACGAGUACGACGACUUCGCCGACGAGCGGAACAACUACGAGCAGACGGAGGCCGCCACCUACAACAGCGCGCCGCUGCUCGGCGUCCUCGCCCGCCUCGCCGGCGCCUGUGGCACCGGGCUCGAAGAGUACCAGCUGCCGCCGCCAGAGGCCGCCGCGAACCAGACGACGUCGUCGCCGCUGCCGUCUCGCCGUCGUCCCCGUCAUCACGCGCUGCCGUCGUCGUCCCCGAUCGAGAUCGAGCAGAACGUGACGAGGACGUGGGCGAGGCGCCGCACGACGUACUACCACUACUCGGUGACGGUGACCAACAGGUCGAGGAAGACCGUCCGGGAGCUCCACCUUGGCGUCUCGGAGCUCCGUGGCCGGCUCUGGGGUCUCGACAAGGCGCGGUACGGGUACGUGCCGCCCAAGUGGCUGCCGGCGUUGCGCGCUGGCAAGAGCCUCAGGUUCGUGUACGUUCAGCACGGGACGCCGGCCAACGUCUGGGUCACCGGCUACAAGCUACUCUGA